CUGUGUCCUAUGGCUAGUUGUUGAUAGUGUUAUACAUACAUGCUCUUUCUCUAACCCUUACUUCUCUCUUUCAUUCGCUCUCUCUGCAAUCUGCCCCUUAUCCUCAACCCUCCUCUAAACCCCCUCUCCUUCUCCCAAAAAUGUCUGCCACAGCUUCACCUACCUUCAAGCCUCUAUCAAUGGCAGACUCAUGCCUUCUGUCACUCCCUUCCAUUUUUACUGCAAAACGUCCAUAUCAAUGUCUCUCUAUCCCACCCAGACCUAUUAAGCUCCACCUUUCACAUCCUUCUCACUCCCUAUCCGUUCUCUCUCUCAAACCCAAAACCCAUUUCUCAUCUCUUAUCCCCUUUGUUGCUCAGACCUCAGAUUGGGCUCAACAAGGAGAGGAAGACGAAACCACAAUCACCAUUACUGAAUCAGAACAAGAAGAAUCCACAUGGGAAAAUCAAGAAAGUGACGGUGCUGAAGCCAGAGUUUCUGAUUGGGAGUCAGAAGGAGAGGAUGCAGCUGCGGUGGCAGGUGGAGAUGAAGGAGAGAGUGGUGAAGAAGAGAGUUUUCAGGAGCCAGAAGCAGACGAGGGUUUUGUGGAGCCACCUGAAGAUGCUAAGAUUUUUGUGGGGAAUUUGCCUUACGAUGUUGAUAGUGAGAAGUUGGCAAUGUUAUUUGAGCAGGCUGGAACUGUUGAGAUUGCUGAGGUCAUUUACAACAGGGAGAAUGAUUCUAGUAGGGGAUUUGGGUUUGUGACGAUGAGUACCGUUGAGGAAGCUGAGAAGGCUGUGGAAAUGUUUCACCGCUAUGAUUUGAGUGGAAGGCUGUUGACUGUUAACAAGGCCUCUCCUAGAGGAUCAAGGCCUGAACGUCCCCCUCGCACAUAUGAACCUGCUUUUAGAAUCUAUGUUGGUAACUUGCCAUGGGAUGUAGAUAAUGCUCGAUUGGAGCAAGUUUUUAGUGAACAUGGUAAGGUGGUGGAAGCUCGGGUAGUUUAUGACAGGGAAACUGGCCGUUCCCGUGGUUUUGGCUUUGUAACCAUGGCCUCUGAAACUGAGUUGCAUGAUGCUAUAGCUGCACUUGAUGGACGGAGUUUGGAUGGGAGGGCCAUCAGAGUAAAUGUUGCUGAGGGAAGACCAAGGCGUAACUUCUGAUGGAAUAUGAUUUAGAUACAUGUCACAUUUGUAGUUUUUGCUUCUCAUUUUCUUUUAUCCUUUUUUGCGAGCAAGUUUUAUAGUAUCAAUUUUUUGUUAGCUAGUUGUAUGAAAGCUUUUUAUGAGGAUAUAUGAAGCUGUCCAAAUGUUGCUUUAUGUGUUACUUAAGAAUUUGUUGCUCAAUAUGAUUAUAAAGCAUAAUUCAACUUCAUUGAUUUUCUUACUGA